AUGAAAACAUAUGCCAUCGUUCUCAUAGACUGUGGUUCUGUUGCUGCAGCACUUAUAUUUUUGUGCGGUGUUUGUAAUAUUGGUAAGAAAAAGAAAACCAGAGUUCCAACCAGCACAAGACCACAAAUAAUCCGCCCACCACUCGGGACCACUCGUGACCUUGAAUUAGGUAAAACUAGCAAAACCACAAAUAAUGAUGGGGGAAUGGUAAUUCUAGCAGGAGCUGCAGCUUCUGUAGCUACAGCUGCUGUAAUAAUUAGUGGCGGUGGAGGUGGAGAUAGCGGCGGCGGAUGUGGUGGUGGUGGAUGUGGUGGCGGCGGCUGUGGAGGGGGUUGUGGAGGUUGA